AUGUAUAAGGCAACAAUUUUGCUCAUAGUCAUUAGUUUUUGCAAUAGCCGCAACUGUGUACACAGUUAUAGUGUCGAAGCAGUGUCAUCGCAAAAAUGGUCGCAAGCGUAUUCGCCAUAUUGGGACGAUCAGAAGAAGUGUUUAUAUUUCGUAGAUUUUUUCGAUGCAAAACGCACUAUGAACCGAUACGUUCCAGCCGAAAAUCGAUUUUAUUCGGCUGCCAUUGAGGGAAAUAUUUCAACGACGUUUAUGCUGCCAAUUGUAGAGCAUGUCAACCAAUUCGCUGUGAGUGAUAAACGAUCUGUGAAAGUAGUAGAGUGGAAUGGAGUGGAUUCGAUGGCUAGAAUGGUACGCGACACUUUCACAGUAGAAACUGGACCAAAACAUGAGUUCAAUAAUUAUAACAUGGCAUGGGCUUCGCCAAAGCAUAGCUUUUAUGGCGGAACUUUUCCUUUUGAUCUUUGUGCCACGUCAUCAAGUCCACGAGCAUCCCUUUAUCGCUAUAACCAGUGUCUUGGCGCAAAGGCAGUAGCAAAUGACGUGAUAGUUUCAGGUGGAAUGGACUGGAACAUUAAAGGAAACAAGUUUUAUUUCAUCGACACCUGUCGCAAUGUGGUUUAUGAAUACGAUUGGGACCCAACAACAGAUGAGAUAUGUAAGCAGUUGAUAUUCAAAGUAGAAAAUUCCCAUUGGAAAUGUAAACAAAUAUUUUUCUGAUCAAAUGUUCCAGACAACAGACAUGUUGUAUUUGAUUUCAAAAUCAACGGCGAAAUACCUGACUAUCGUCCAUUAGGAAUGACGAUCGAUACUGAUGGAAACCUCUAUGUCGGCUUAUUAUACAAAAGUGCUAUUUGGAAAAUUAAUCCAAGGAAAUCGAAACUUGAGCAGGUGAUUGAAAUACCAUCAGAAAUUGUAAUUGGAUUAGUUUUUGGCGAUGAAGACCAUAGUUCGUUAUAUGUCACGACCGGCACAAUAGGAUACAAUUUCACCACAGGAGGAUAUAGCAACAGGACAUUUUCAGCUGAAAGUGGCAAAAUAUUCAGAGUUAUUGGACUGAAUGCGAAAGGAAACCCAUCCAGAAAAGUUUGCGUUUAAAAAAAUAACACAAAAUGUGACUCGAAAUUUUCUUAGACAUUUUUAAUGAAGAAAUAAACGAACAUUAGGAAACAUAACGAAUAAGUACUAUUUGGUUUUUUCUGUCUGACGAUUCAUUUGUAUUUUAUUUCAUUUUUUUAGAUUUUUAUUCCAAUAAGAUAAAAAAAAACAGGUUUUUUAGAACAAACCAAAGACGUUUGAAAAUGUGCUGUUUAUUUUCUUCAUUGAGAUUUAACGUUAUGUUAUUUCGUUUUAUUUUGGAAAUUUAUAUAAAAUUUGGUGGUUUUUGAAAUUUUCAAGUUCAUGGUUUUUAUCGUCCAUAUAUCAACAAUAAAUCUAAUCGAAUGAAAAAGGCAAAAGAAAGAAUAAACGUGGAUAAAAAAAAGACAAGCAAAAGAAAGAAAAAAUGAAAAAAAAGUGCCAACGACACAUGGU